AUUCUUGAAUAAGUUAAUAACAAUAAAUACUUUUCUCAACAUAAAGAAGAUUAUUUCACAGAAAGGUCAUCAUUUUAUGUGAAUGACCCAACCACCUGAUGUUACAGGGAAAGCAUUCCAUCAUCCCUGGAUAAAGGCCUUUAUUUCCAAGCAGAAUGCCUGCUUUCAACAUCAGUGAUGACAGUCUCCCAGGCACACUCAUCCUGACGGGCAUCCCAGGGCUGGAGUGGGCCCACGUCUGGAUCGCCAUCCCCUUCUGCGCCAUGUAUCUGGUAGCGCUGGCUGGGAAUGCUGCCCUCAUCCUGGUCAUUGUGACAGACAGUGCUCUUCAUGCACCCAUGUACCUCUUCCUGUGCCUUCUUUCACUCACCGACCUGGCUCUCAGCUCCACCACGGUGCCCAAGAUAUUAGCCAUUUUGUGGCUUCAUGCUGGAGAGAUUUCCUUUGGUGGAUGCCUGGCCCAGAUGUUUUGUGUCCAUUCUAUCUAUGCUCUGGAGUCCUCAUUUCUUCUCGCCAUGGCCUUUGAUCGCUACGUAGCUAUAUGCAACCCACUGAGAUACACAACCAUCCUCAACCAUACUGUCAUAGGCAAAAUUGGCCUUGCCAGCAUACUCCGUAGUAUAGCCGUUGUCUCCCCAUUCAUCUUCCUGCUGAAGCGACUGCCUUACUGUGGUCACCAUAUCAUGGCCCACACAUACUGUGAGCACAUGGGCAUCGCUCGCCUGGCCUGUGCCAACAUCACUGUCAAUAUUGUCUAUGGGCUGACUGUGGCCCUGUUGGCCGUGGGUCUGGAUUCCAUCCUCAUUGCCAUUUCCUACGGCUUUAUCCUCCAUGCUGUCUUCCGCCUUCCAUCUCAAGAUGCCAGGCACAAGGCUCUGAGUACCUGUGGCUCCCACCUGGGGGUCAUCCUGGUCUUCUACAUUCCUGCCUUCUUCUCCUUCCUCACCCACCGUUUUGGCCAGCACCGAGUCCCCAAGAAUGUGCACAUUUUUCUGGCCAACCUGUACGUGCUCGUGCCUCCUGUGCUCAACCCGAUCAUCUAUGGGGCUAGGACCAAGGAGAUUCGGAGCCGACUUCUGAGACUGCUUCACUUGAGGAGGGUCUCAGUAUGACUUCUGAGAGGCUGUUGGAAGUGAUAAAGAACGGUAAAUGAUACUUGGUAAAAGAUAAAGUAAAUGAUAAAGGUAAAGGAUGAUUGUUUAGAACUUUAACAUGGAUGGAAACCUGUGAUGUGAGAGGCAGAGUGACAUGGUAGGAAGCACUGGAAGAGAAA